GAAAUGGUGGCAAGCAUGCGGGUAAACUGGCCAAAAGCCGCCGGACCGUGGCCGGGAAGGUGAGAGUCGUAUACGUAUACGAGCAUACCAAGAGAGACGUCUAUACGGAGUGAUCCUGCACCGACAGCGCAUGAGACAACUCCCCAACGUCCGCGCCAGAGAUGCACAAACCUGAGUUAUCAGAUCCGCUCAGCCUGCCGGGUACAGCGGCUGGGGGUCCCCUCAACAUGACGGAGUGGACAGGCAGGGGCCUUGUGCUGGUGGGGCCAGGCCCCGCCAGCACGGGACUUCAGGGGACAAUCGGCCAUCCCCCCGGCGCUGUCGCGGCCGUGGCGCCGUGUCAGACAAUGCGUACGGUUCGGUGUAAUAAGAAGACGACGGGUGCAGAUUAUGCCGUGGUGGUUGGAAAGUUGGAAAGUUCACAUGCGGAUGCGGGGGGAGGUGUCAAUGGGGACGGCGGUGAAGCAUGAGCGUUUGGUCGGUGGGGGUCGUUCAUCCUCGGCGACCUCGGGGGAUUGAGGACCGCGGUCGUUCGGUGAGGAGGGAGAAAGUACAGCAAGCAUUUCUUGAGCGUGCGUUGCAAGUGGCGAGUGACGUGAGGUGGUGUAUCUUGUAUCUUUGGUUAUAGGACGUACUACGGGUACGGGGAUAGAGAUGAGCCUCGGCUCUGGGGAAGCUGGGGGCAGGGGACAUACAGGAACGGGGGUGGAGUGGCUCGCUUUGAUGAGGUUCAGGUACCGAGUCUACGGAGGCCUGUGCCGAGAUGGAAGUUGUCUGGAGGUCUGGAUGGCAGCCCUGUAUCCCAUUCCUACUCUUUCUUAUCGGGCACGUGUAGUGGAG